CCUUCAAACUCUUUACCUUUCAUCAUCUCCGUUCUCUGUUUCUCUCUCAACUACUUCCUUCUGAUCUCACGGCCUUUUCUGAACUGGAUCUUUGCAGAAAUGGAUAGUUUGAUUACUUUGGUGAACAAGCUUCAAAGAGCUUGUACUGCGCUCGGCGAUUAUGGUGACGAAAGUGCUUUACCUACUCUUUGGGACGCGCUUCCUUCUAUUGCUGUUGUCGGUGGUCAGAGUUCCGGGAAGUCUUCUGUUCUAGAGAGUAUUGUUGGAAAAGACUUUUUGCCUCGUGGAUCUGGAAUUGUUACUCGGCGCCCUCUUGUUUUACAGCUCCAUAAGAUUGAUGAAGGAAGAGAAUAUGCAGAGUUUAUGCAUCUUCCAAGAAAGAGAUUCACUGAUUUUGCUGCUGUGAGGAAGGAGAUAGCUGAUGAGACUGAUAGAGAAACUGGUCGCUCAAAGCAAAUUUCAACUGUCCCAAUUUAUCUCAGUAUCCACUCUCCCAAUGUUGUGAAUUUGACACUUAUUGAUCUUCCGGGGCUUACAAAAGUAGCUGUUGAUGGUCAGCCGGACAGUAUUGUUGCUGAUAUUGAGAAUAUGGUUAGAUCUUUUAUUGAGAAGCCCAAUUCCGUAAUAUUGGCUAUUUCUCCUGCUAAUCAAGAUCUUGCGACGUCAGAUGCAAUUAAAAUUUCUCGUGAAGUUGACCCCACAGGAGAAAGGACACUUGGAGUUUUAACUAAGAUUGAUCUUAUGGACAAGGGUACUGAUGCAGUUGAGAUAUUGGAAGGAAAAGCUUACAAGCUAAAGUUUCCAUGGGUCGGUGUUGUCAACCGCUCCCAAGCUGACAUCAACAAAAACACUGACAUGAUAGCUGCCAGACGUAGGGAACGUGACUAUUUUGCAACUACACCAGAAUACAAGCACCUGGCUCAUAGGAUGGGUUCUGAGCAUCUAGGGAAGAUUCUUUCCAAGCAUCUGGAGCAAGUCAUCAAGUCUAGAAUCCCUGGCCUUCAGUCCCUUAUUAGCAAAACUGUUAUUGAACUAGAAACAGAGCUGAGCAGUCUUGGGAAGCCGGUUGCUAAUGAUGCUGGAGGCAAGUUAUACAUGAUUAUGGAAAUCUGCCGCAAUUUUGAUGGAAUUUUUAAAGAACAUCUUGAUGGCAUACGGUCAGGCGGUGACAAAAUAUAUAACAUAUUUGAUAACCAGCUUCCUGCUGCUUUAAAAAGGUUGCAAUUUGACAAACAACUUUCUAUGGAGAAUGUUCGUAAGCUAAUUACUGAAGCUGAUGGUUAUCAGCCUCAUUUGAUAGCUCCUGAGCAAGGAUAUCGUCGCCUUAUUGAAUCUUCAUUGGUAUCUGUUAAGGGACCAGCAGAGGCUGCUGUUGAUGCUGUUCAUUCCGUACUAAAGGAACUGGUACACAAGUCAAUCAAAGAGACUAUGGAGCUAAGGCAAUACCCAACACUGAGAGUUGAAGUUGCAAACGCAGCGGGUGAAUCUCUGGACAGGAUGAAGGAAGAAAGUAGAAAAGCAACUAUGCAGCUGGUAGAAAUGGAGUAUAAUUACCUUACAGUUGAUUUCUUCAGAAAACUUCCUCAAGAUAUUGAAAAGGGUGGAAACCCCACUCUUUCAAUCUUUGAUAGAUACAAUGAUUCUUACCUAAGGAGAAUUGGAUCAAAUGUUUUAUCAUAUGUCAACAUGGUAUGUGCGGGUCUGAGAAACUCCAUUCCAAAGUCUAUCGUUUAUUGUCAAGUCAGAGAGGCUAAGCGAAGUUUACUCGAUAUUUUCUUCGCUGAAUUGGGCACAAAAGAGGCUAAACAGUUGGGGAGAUUAUUGGACGAAGAUCCAGCAGUCAUGCAAAGGCGUAUCUCACUUGCAAAGAGACUUGAACUAUACCGAGCUGCUCAAGCUGAGGUUGACGCGGUUGCAUGGUCCAAGUAAGUUAUCGAUCUACAUUUAUCCCCAUAUUAGUAUGGAGAUCUCAUUCAUUCAUUGUUCGCUACGAAUAUGAAAAAGAGACUUAUAGAUAGAUAUAUGGUAACUAGAUAAUGGAAAUCACAUGUUAUGUUUGGAAACUUAUAUGUAAUAUUAGUAGUAGUAGCAACAUUCGAUUUCAAAUUGAGAGGCUCGGACUUUUUGGAUUGCGUAUCGUAUCGGAAACACAUUGGUGGUGUUAUAAUUCUUUUGAAAUUUUAAUUGGUUU